AUGUGUGACAAAUCCUACACCGAGUCCGUCAAGGAUACCGCCCAGAACGCCUACGACAGCGUCAAGGACGCGGCCGUGAGUGUGAAGAACAAGGUUGUUGGAGAGAAGUCCAACACCGACAAGGCCACUGACAAGAUCAACGACAUGGCUGACAGCACUGCUGACACCUUCCACGACCUGAAACAGAAGGCUGGUAAGUUUUGGAGCAGGGUUUAUUUUAAUUUUUUGGGAAAAUCUAAUUUUGAUGAGAAUUUUUAGAAAUUUUCGAAAAUUGAAGGGGUACAUGGAGGAAAUUUAGAUAGUAGACGGAAUUAUAAGGUCUGGAAAUUGAUAUUACAUUAUUUUUUACUGGGGAAACUUUUUUUAAAUUAUGGUUUGAUCCAAAAAAAAUCAAAAAAUCAUCCGAUUUUUAGACAUUUUUCGACUAAAAUAAGGUAAUUUUUGACUUUUCAUCCAAAAUUUCGCCGGGUUUUGAUAAAAAAAUUCAUUAGAAAUCACAAUAAACUAUAAUUUCAUCUUCUUUCACUUUACUUUACCUGUUAUCUCAAAAAAAUUCAAUUUGUUCAAAACCAAAAUUCAAAUUUCCCGCCAAAAUUUUUUUCAAAUUUUAACGGUUCAUAUUUUCAGGAGACAAGCUCCGCGAUUGA